GGAGUAGCUCAAGUUGGUUCCUGAUAUAAGCCAGCACAUUUUUCAUUGAAGAGAAUGACUGAUUAUCCUAGGCUCUUAAGAAGGGGCUGCAGUUUGCCCUGCUAAUUUUAAGUAUAGGAUGGGGCACAUGCUUAUCUCACUGAAGUGCUAAAACUGAGUCAUGUAUGAGCCAGAGGCUUAGUGGAGAAAUAGGAAAUUAUCUGAGAAGAAACUGGCAGCAUGCAGAACACGUUCCCAUGGCAGUAACAUUCAGCAAAGAGGUGGGAGAUCCUGAAGAAAUUGCUUUUUUUUUAAGUCAACCCAAACCAUUAGUGUUCAUCCUAACACCUGUCCUAGCUGUGGAAAUGUCCUUCCUAUCUCUGCACCUGGGAAUGACAUCAGUAUCUCUGCAAGACCAAGGACGAUUCUUAUUGCUGUGCCAGGAGCCAGGGCAGGAGGGACGGCGGCGCGGAGGCUGGGGCAGCCCUGGCCUCACCCCCCCGCCGCGGGACCCAGCCUUGCUCUCCGCUGCGCCAGCUCAACAGGUCUACCCCUCCCCAACGCUGCUUUGUAUCUGGGUUGACUCUCCGAGGGGCUGCCCCUCUCCCGCCACGCUCGUCUCAGUGUCAAGGGUAGGAAACGAGAACCAAAUGGUGCACGAGGUCCUGCUCGGCUGCCUGCUGGCCCUGGCCCACUGCUGGCUGGGGGGAGAGGGCACAGGUGAGGGUCUUGGCCAGGGCUCUCUCCCUGCUGCUUCCCACCCUGGACCACUACAGGAUUUUGGCAGGGAUGUUCAGGCUCCCCGCUCAGCUCCUGCAGUGAUUUGGGGCCAUAAAGAGCUGAGCACCAUUGGUGGGAGAGGUGAGGCAGGGACAAGCUCAUGUCCGCAUCCCGUGUUGGUGCCCCAUCGCCUUCCCAGUGCAUCCUUUGUGCAUUCCUGGUUCUGCGAAAAGCUGCCAGAGAAGGAGCUUUAUUUAUCGCUGCUUAUUUACCACCUUACUUGGGGCAGGAUGCCCCAGGUCCCCAGACAUCUAAGUCCCCACAGGGACCCCAUCAAUCCCCACUCUAACCAUAUGGCUAUUAACCAGCUGUAGUGGUAGCGAUGUCUGUAGCACCUGUUACUUCCAGCCACCGUUUAUUUUAUAUUCGAUCUGUCCCCGUCAGUUUUGUAAUGAAGCAGCAUUGGAAAAACAUCACUUUUAAUCACAACGCAUGAAAUCUCAGAAGAGGCAGCAUCACUUUUCUGUGCCGUGUCUGGUGAUACAAAUGGAGGUGGAGGGGCUUGUUUCAACCUAGGCACGGGAUAAAGGCAUUCUUUGGGAAGGGAGAAGUCCAUGCAAAGCUGACCCCAACGUGAAAUCUGAAUUUAAUUUUGCUGCUUAGCUGGGUCUGUUCAGUGCAACAGGACGAAUUAGCCAGGAGGUUACUGUCAAAUUGCAUGGAUGCAUCCAAGUCCACCAGGUAGAGGGAUUAGGAGGAACCAGACUGACUUAAUGCACUGGGAGACUAAGUCCAACACAAAGCUAAGUGGAAAAGGACAUAGGUGUUCCCUGAAUGUGGUUUUUGGUGACUGAGAAGAAAUCUUUCCGUGGAAUUCCUUCGUGCAGCUAAUUAAGACAACUGGGUACGGUUUCUUUGACCCAUGCUGACAUCAGUGAGAACUGUAAGUACUCAGCACCUGGAGACAAAGUGAAUACCAGACAUAAAUACCCCUUCUGCUUCCACCCGUGGGACUGCCCAGAAAUGCAUCUAAGCGAUAGCCGAGAUGUGUGCAAUUGUUAUCAGCUAUUCACCCACAGCUUGCAUUUUGUCCUCUUCUGCGUGUAUUGCCUAGGAGAAAAUACAGACAAGUCCCAGAGGCCUGUGCCAGUAGAGCUGUGGUUAGGAUCUGAAUCCAUGUAAGAAAAUGGAAUUUAAUACAGAGAGUGACUGUGCAAGUCAAAGUCCCCCUAGCUUCAUCCUUUAUAGUCCCAAAGCCUGGAUUUGGGCAACCUUUGGCUCAUGGAUUUGGGUUUGAUGCAGUCCAUUCUUUUGCAAGCUGCUUGUAAUGCUGGACUUCCUCCCUCAGAGAUCUGCCGGCUGAAGAGAGCAGCUCUGUGGCCGAGCAUCUCUGAAAACCAGUGCGUGGAGGAGGGCGGUCUCCCCUGGAAAUGGGGGUACGGUUGCAGGGACCCAGGAUCCUUGUUUGCUGGUUUGAGACUGUCAUGGUGGGGUGGGGCGUAUCUUCUGGGUGUGCUUUCCCCAGGCAUGUGGUGACAUUGAACCUGUUGCUGAAGUAGAUGGUGUGGCUUUGGAGAAGCGAGGAAGGAGAAUUUCUUGCUGGUAAUGUCCCGUGUGGAAGAUGAAGAUGGAAAUAGCAGCUAAUUGGUGUCUCUCCAAGGGGAGAGCCCUUUUGAGCAGCAUGUGUGUGGUUGUGAGACCUGUUCAGACCAGCUCAGCAGGGCCAGGCUUGUAUCUGGCACGCUGAGCUCUCUUCAGUCCUAGCUCUUGAGGCAGAUUGUUAAUUAGGGGAAGAAAUGUUAUCUAGGGGAAGGAGCUGCAGAGGGAAGGGGAAGUGAUCUGCCUCAGGCCAUGUGCUGGAGCAAGAGAGCAGAUCCUCCGCGCCCCAUCCUGUGCCCUGCCCUCCAGAUGCCACCUCUGUUGCAGAACUUCCUCUGCCGGCAAACUGUGCCCCCCCCUUCAUUCAAUCGGCUCCUCUGCGCCGCCUUCCUCCGCAGAAGUGCAGCUGGUUAUCUCUGAAGCCAUCUGGACAAGCUCCUUAUUAAAACCUACUGGUUCCACCUCCUGCUUCAAAUCCACCUUACUCACUGGAGGAUCUACACCCAAGGCUCAGGUGUUGCCCUGCUUGUACCUUCUCACACAUUACCCUUUGCUACACAGACGUUUGUGCCACAACCAGACAGGCACAGAAUCACCCCCCGGGGUCCUGUCUGUACCCCAUUCCUGACAGUCGUGUAGAUCACGAGGUCAUCUGGAAGAAAACGAUCUACUAACCCCAGUGUGAUUUGUUAUCAUGGGAAGAAGAGAGUUUUUCAUAGCUUUUGCUUCUAGUGUUUGUUAGGAAUGGGCGCCUGUUAUUUUCAGACGUGGCUGUUCCUGAAUUAUGGAUAUUGCUGGGUAGACUCAGUAGAUAAGAUCUGCCCUCGCUUACACCCAUGCAUCUCCAACGACUUCAGAAGGAUCCUUUUUAUAUCCUGUUCUUCUUACAGCACCAUCAUUUGGAUUUCACGGGGAAACGGGGCAGCGGAGCUUCACCCAACAACAGCUGCUGCAUGAGCCAUGGGCUCUUACGGCACAAGAAGGUGAGACCGUGGGCUAGCUGGGCAAACAUCUGCCCAGUGGGACAUCCUCCCCCUCUCAAAUUAUGUUGACUCCCAGGGCCACAAUUCCAGCUGUCAGAUUAUCCCAUAUUAUAAUGCUAAUGGGAGACUGAGAUCGCCAAGUGUAAGCAGUGCAGGCUUGCUUGCUACCCCUUCUGUGAAGCAGGGAGAUGGCCUAGUAGCUCCCACUCAAGAGACAUCCUACAGCAGGUUUAUUAUUUGCAUUGCUUAGAAAAUUAGAUUAUUUCCAUGCUUCCUUAUUCCAGGUUUUAAAACCAGGAAGACUUUCUUUUUAUAACACUUCUUCCAAUUUCAUGCCCUUUUCAUCCAUCAGCCCAUGACACACUGACAAUCUAUUCCUUGUUCCAAAACUUUCUCCCAGAAAUUGUGUAGAAAGGACAUUCUGCCUGGUGGUAUUUUUGUUGUGGUUUGUUUUUUUUUGUUUUUUUUUCAAACGUAGCUUUAAGGCAAAAGUUUGGCAAUGCAAAGCAAAGUCUACAUAAGGCCGCAUGACUUGGAUUUGCAACUCAGAACCUUGCAGCUUAAAAAAAAAUAAAAUAAAAAUCAUCCUUAUCUUAAAUAGUCAACUUUUUGCUCCAGGAACUUGUUUCAUUCUCAACUAAAAAGAAAA